CUUGAAUUGAAGUUCAGGUCAAUAGUUUGAUAUAUCGGUUUUGUUUCACAGAUGGAAGUAAAGCAGGGUAAGAGUGUGAAACCAAGUCAAGACGAUCAUGCAAAAAAGGGGAAGCCACAUGUUGGUAAGAAGAAGAAAGCAAAUGCUCAGCCAGUAGAUUUGCUUCCUUUUCUACAGCGAGAAGAGAAGAGGCCAAUACGACCUAGAAACCCUCCUAUACCUGUAACACCUGAGGUAAUCCUUCCAAUUGAUCCAUUUGUGACACCUGAAUUUCCUCGGUUUUCAAGGCUUGCACACUGGAUGGAUCUACGGGGCAUAUAUCGUGUACCGUUUUAUAUCAAUGGAAAAGAAAUUGAAAAAGAGUUCUUUCAAAAAAUGGACGAUGCAGAAAAAAUCUCAACAAAGAGGUAA